AUAUUAGAUUUGUGUAGGCAUAUUUCCUAUUAUAGGUGUAACGUAUUAUUAUAAUAUGCGCCGCAAAAGAAAUAGAAAAAGAAUGCCAAUAAAUUUGUUGCGACAAUAUCAACGUGAGCAACGUCAUUUGACGCCGGGUGAUAAAAAGCCGGGUAAGAAAAAACGUAUUCCUAAAUUGGAUGCUGAAAGGAGAGAUCAUGAACUGUUAGUUCGGGCCACUGAACUUAAGCUGCAACAAAUUUUGGAAUCUGAUGAGGUACUCUCAGAUAUUCCAUGUGAUAUAACGCCAGAAGAACUUCAUGGUGAGAUAGCGAUAGCGAAUGGUUAUGCAACUACAAUUUAUAUUGAACGUGAUGGCUUAUCAACACUAACAAUAAUUUUGGCGCAGCCACAUCCAACAAUAGCUAAUUUAAAGAGAGCAAUCGAAUCAACCGCACGUGUACAACAUAAAAGAGAGUUGCGUGAGCGAUACGAAAGCCGACGACGCAGACGACAUAUGUCCGAAGAAACUGGAAAUGCGAGCAAUAGCAACGAUAACUCCGACCAUACUGACAACAGAGUGGCAGCAUGUCAGCAACGCCAACAACAGGUUGAAACUAAUGCCGCUUGGUUGGCGGCGAACAGAAGCACCGGAGAAUUCGUCUACUCCACAACGCGCUGCGGUCAUCCACAUCGAACAACGGUUUCAUGGCGUUUUCUAUGGCGCGCCUUCAUGUUGAUCGAUGCUCAUACCAAAACGCCGCUUUUCGACCACGACGGACGUAAAUUGUUGAGUGAAUGCGGCAUAGAAAACGGUUCAACAUUACGCUUUUGCAAACGUGAAAUAUACUACAAACGUCGCCGGCAAUAAUCAGUGCAACCAUUCUAUCUAUAAAGUUACCAAAAAAUGUAUAUUCUAGUUUAAAAUAAAUCCGAAAUCUAAAAAAAA